AAGUUAUAGACCGGUUGGAUAACGUUACCUUGACCUUACUGGAAUAACUCAACCACACCAAUGCAUACUUUAUAGCAUUGAGAGAUCAGAAGAUGACAGCUGAAAUAGUCGAAUCUCACAUUCAAGCUAGGAUUAAAAGUGAACGAAUAGUCAUUUUUGAAUCCGAUAAUGUUUAUGAUGUAACAGAAUUUGCUGACAGACAUCCCGGGGGUAGGAAAUACCUGGAAGAACACUGUGGUCAGGAUGUCUCCCAACUUAUGCAAAAAGACCCACAUAUACAUAGCAAAGCGGCGUACUCUAUGUUGAAGAAAUAUUGUAUAGGAAAACGGCAGCAUAUUAAAUCACAGAAUGGAGUAAGACAUAGGAAGACAAAUGAUUCUGAUAUUACAAACAACAAUACUGAUCAAAUACAGGAUGGUCUCAUUGAUUGGUCGAAACCAAUAGUCUGGCAGGUACCCAGUCUUGGUGACAAAUACUUUGACUGGGUCCAUGUUCCAGUAGAUACCCACAUGAGAUUGUUCCAGUGGGAUUUUGUAGAAUAUUUUUCCCAGUGUUCCUGGUAUAUAGUUCCUAUAUUCUGGCUUCCUGUCAUGUUUAUCUUAAUGGGAUUGUCCUAUUAUUCAUUGGUGCAGAAUCCAGUGGAAUGGCCAGCUAAUUCUUCCUAUAGUAUAACAAUAAAUGGUUGGAAUGCUUCCUUAUUAUAUUUACUUGGCUUGAUGUUCUGGACUCUGGAGGAGUAUAUCAUUCACCGCUGGUUAUUUCACAUGAAGCCCCCAGCAGGCUAUCCAUCUCUCAUAUUAGUACAUUUUCUGUUACACGGUCAACAUCAUAAGACACCUAUGGAUAGUAAAAGACUAGUUUUCCCUCCUAUUCCAGCCAUAGGCCUGGGGAUGGUUAUGUACUCUUUAUAUUGUAUGUUUAUGCCAUCGUCAGCAGCACUUAUGAUGUUCGCCGGGUCCAUUGGUGGUUACCUGGCAUAUGAUAUGAUCCAUUACUACCUUCAUCAUGGUGUGCCAUCAACUACAUAUUUUAAAUCACUUAAAAGAUACCAUGUCAGACAUCAUUUUGAAAACCAGCAAAAAGGUUUUGGAAUUUCCUCUAAGAUGUGGGAUUAUCCAUUCCAUACCCUGAUUGAGGGGUAAACUUGUGGCCUUACAGACUUAUUAUGCUGGAAUGUGUAUGGUUCCAUCUUUACACAGACAUAACUAGAAUUUCCAAAAAGACAGAUCUGCUUCUAAACGGGCAUUAUCUACCUGUAUAAAAACAACAUAUUUGGUUUGUAAAGGGCUAUUUCAUACCUGUGUAAAGACAAACACUCUGCUGAAUUAAUACCUGUGUAGAGCAAUCACCUCUAGAUAGUGGAUCUUUUCUUCCUACUACAACCGUGACAGCAGAAUCUGACUCUAAUGUUAUUAGUUGUGUUCUACCGCUAAGAAUCUGGCCCCCUGUUUCAAAAAAAGGGUACAACUAUGAUUUAUUGUCCUAUAUCUGGCCCUCAAUUUAUAAAUUCAAAUUUUUGGAGAUGACAUUACUUACUGGUAGUUGAAAAACUUAACUUGUGUCUGAUCCAUAUGUUCUUUUGAACAAUUUAAAAUGUUUAAGCUACAUUCAAAUGUUGGCAUUGAAGUUUACUAAAAUGACAAUAAAUUAUAGUUGGCCAUUUUUUAUAAAACAGGAGACUGGUUCAUUUUUACAAAAGUUAAAUUCCUUAAGGAUAGUGAUGUAUUAAUGUCUUUGAUGAGUUAUCUUUCUUCCAUCCGCUUGUACAAAAAUAUAAUAUAAUCAGUCUGCUUAUAAUUUUUAUACUUGUGUCAUUUGCACAUAGUUUUAUUAAGCCAAAGUUUUUGUUUUGUAUUCGUUUUGUUUUGUAAUUGGUUUUGUUCAAGUAUUUGAAAACAUUAAUUCAAUUUUCCAAAACAAACUGUUUUCUAGGCUUUUAAUUUGCUACUGUACAAGUUUCAAGGGAUGCAUCUAUGCUUGGACAUUUUUCUGUUGGAUUUGAAAAAAGGCAAUAGAAAUUUUUGAUUGAAAUUGCUCCUAAUGUGUCUUAUAUAAAAAAGAGUUAUUGAUAAAAAAAAAAGAGUUUGCAAUUAAUUUUCAUUUCAUGAAUUCAUUGGUUGCAUAGAAACAGUUUAAUCGAUUUUCCUCUUAGUUCA